GAUACACGGAAUUGCAUGAUAUAUUUCAUUAUGUCAUAUUAUGAGUGAUUACAAGAAUGACAUUUUGUGUGUGUGGUGUCGGAGAGGCAUAUAUAUUUUGUCCGGCUUGGGCGCGUGUUGUCCAACCGUUGCUAUAGUGAAUGAUGACUGACUGAACUCGAUGUAGCCAAACUUGGUUUGACAAAACUGCUUUGAAGACUUCCCACCCCCAGAUUAACGUGGUCCAUAUCUGCCCAGUGAUCCCAGAGCACAAAUUCAAUAAGUAUCCAGAAUGAAGUAUAUUGUUUUAAUAUUUUCUUUGUGUUGUCCCUGUGUCGCCGGGGUUAUCUUCACCAACAGUUGGGCCCUUCUUGUGAGUGGCGAUGCUGCAAACGUCGACAAUGUUGCUAAGAAAUAUGGUUUCCUAAAUUUGGGAAAGAUAUUUCCAGAUGGCAACUUUUACCAUAUGGUGCAGAGGCAAGUGGCAAGAAAGUCAUUUCAUGCACAACAUUUGAAUCUGCGCCUGGACAGGGAUCCAACGGUGCUUUGGUAUUCCCAACAAUAUGGAAAGAUUCGAGUGAGCAGAAAUAUAAUUCCACCAACGGAUCCCUAUUUCAGUCAACAGUGGUACUUGAGUGAGGACUACAAUCAGAAUGUGGUGGCUGCCUGGGCUCAGGGCUACACAGGUAGAGGUGUGGUGGUGUCUAUAUUAGACGAUGGCCUUGAGACAAGCCACCCAGACCUUUCUGGAAAUUAUGAUCCGCAGGCUAGUUAUGAUAUGAAUGAUAAUGACCCGUAUCCUGACACUCACUACUCCAAGACCAAGACAAAAAGUCAUGGAACACAGUGCGCAGGAGUUGUAGCUGCUAUGGCAAAUAACAGUGUCUGUGGAGUUGGGGUGGCCUACCAAUCAAAAAUAGGAGCUGUCAGGAUGCUGGAUGGAUUGGUCACUGACCUUAUAGAGACCAGGUCAUUAAACUGGAACCAGCAACACAUUGACAUCUACAGCUCCAGCUGGGGCCCUGACGACCGGGGCCAGAAUGUGGAAGGGCCAAGUCCGUUGACGCAAGAAGCUUUUAUUAGAGGCAUAAGCCAAGGCCGUGGGGGCUUGGGUUCCAUCUAUGUCUGGGCCUCGGGCAACGGGGGAACCAACUUUGACAACUGUAAUUGUGACGGCUACACCAACAGCAUAUACACAAUAUCAGUUGGUAGCACUACAGAGAGAGGCACCGUGCCAUUCUACAGCGAACCCUGCUCCGCCAUCCUAACUACCACCUACAGUGGCGGCAGCUUUCACCACCGCAGAAUCGUCACCACAAACCUGCACCACACCUGUACCUCUGACCUCACCGGGACCUCUGCCUCCGCUUCUCUGGCCUCUGGGAUCAUUGCUCUGGCUCUGGAAGCAAACCCCACUCUGACCUGGCGCGAUGUUCAGCACCUGGUAGUGAGAGCUUCUCGACCAGCAGAGCUUAACACAAGUGACUGGAAGACCAAUGGAGCUGGUAGAGUUGUCAGCCACUACUAUGGAUUUGGGCUGCUUGAUGCAGGCAAGAUGGUCAACUUGGCCAGAAAAUGGAGAGCAGUUCAGCCUCAGAGGAAGUGUGUUGUUGAUGUCAUUACCAGACCUCAUGAGCUGCGCCAGGAGCUGACAUGGAAGUGGAAUGAGACAGCUUGUUACGGUACCAAGAACUGGAUUCAGUCUUUAGAGCACCUGCAGGCCCGACUGACCCUGACCUCCGCCAGACGUGGUGACCUCUCCAUAAUCCUUACCAGCCCUAUGGGAACUACCUCCAACCUCCUCACUAUCAGGCCUUAUGACAGCUCCAGUGCAGGAUUCUCUGACUGGGCUUUCACCAGCACACACUGCUGGGAUGAGAAUCCAUCAGGACACUGGAUACUGCAGAUAAAAAACAAUGGAGAUUUAUUUGACCAAGGACGCUUGUUGAAAUUCCAACUGGAGUUGUAUGGGUCAGCUGAGCGCAUGGCAGGACAUCGCAUGCAGAGGACAAUGGUCCAGGAGUGUGCAGUGAGGGACACUGAUGGCAGCUGUGCAGAGUGUGUUCAUCCACUGAUUGUGUUUGAGAGUGUCUGCCUGGUCGCCUGCCCACCACAUUACUAUGAGUCAGAUGGAAAUGGCACCCACAGGUGCUUACCCUGCCACAGAAGCUGCCACACUUGCUUCGGCAAGUGGAACACAGACUGCCUGGAAUGCCCUCCAUACUCUACCUUCGAUCCCCGCUUAAGUAUCUGUAACCCCCCUGUCUACCCUUGGAGCCAACGGCGUAACAUGACCAUCAGCAUGGACCGGACUGCGGCCGUGCUUAGCAUCUUCAUUGGAGGGCCGGUGGUGAUCCUGACCGUUAUGUUGAUCAUAACAUCGGUUGUGAACAGAGUUUUCUUAUUUGGUGAUGCAUCCAUAAAUCAGGCGAGCAGGACCAGCAAUGAAGAGGAGGCAAUGACAGGGGUGGAGAUGGUGAUGCUGAGUGUGUCCGAAGAGCAGACAGGAAGCAGUCAAUUCCCUUCACCCACCAGCAUUGCCGCUAUAUGAGGAACGUGACCAAUUACUGCUGUAGCCUGCCAAAUACAUUUGUAUCAAAUAGAAAAGUGCUGCAAAGUUUUAGUAUACCAUAAAAAUUGCUUUUAUUUUUCAGUAUCAUUUAUAAACCGUAUAAUUUA